CCGGUGAAAACCACAAUAAGGCGAUCAGUGAACAGCAUCCACCAUGGCUCGUCUCCUGUUCUUAACAACCCUAGCUGUUCUUGCCACACUAGCAGCUUGCAAUACUGAGUGCUACACCAUGCAAGGCUCCACAGCAGUGUACAGUGGUAAGAAAUCUACAACCUACAGUGGAAAGACAUGUCAGUACUGGUCCGUCACCGACCCCAACAAUCACGCCUACUAUCGUGACUACUUCGACAUCACCAACGGUGCACCAAACCUCGGCUACGCUGGUGCCGCCAACCACUGCAGAGACCCGUCUGGAGGUAGCAUACUGCCGUCUGGAUAUCUGUGGUGCUACCUGGCCGACUCUCCAGGAAGCGAACAAUGUAGUAUCCCUAAGUGUUAAUAAAUCUGAAGUGACAAA